CCACCACCAGCACCCCCACCAGCAGCUGGAUACGCACUGGACCACCUCUCCCCCGCUUUUGCUACUGCCGGCCCCCCCCCUCCCACGAUGUCGCGAGCGCUGUCCCUCUUCAGCGUCUCCGCAAUCCUCAUCCUCGCGAUUGACGAUGGCUCUCGAAUCCUCACCAAGUAUUACUCGAAUCCGCACCCACCGUCCGGGAACCAGACCGACUGGCCUGGGCAGAUAGCAUACAAGACGGUCAAGGAUCAAAAGGCGUUCGAGAAGGGCCUACUAGAGAAGACGGCGAAGCAGACGACGGACAUUAUCCUAUAUGACGGGAAGGUGAUUGUCUUCAAGAUGGAGUCGGACGUGAUGCUCUACGUGGUGGGCGGGCCGGAGGAGAACGAGGUUCUUCUGUACAGCGUUGUCCUGGCGCUGCGGGACUCCCUGAACAUCCUUCUCAAGAAUUCCGUCGACAAGCGAACCGUCAUCGAGAACUACGAUUUAGUGUCUCUCGCUGUCGACGAACUGGUGGACGACGGCAUCAUCUUAGAAACCGAUCCCGUUGUCGUGGCCUCUCGCGUGAGCAGGCCUCCUGCCCAAGACAUGACGUCUAUGAAGAAUAUCGACCUUUCAGAACAAGGCUUUCUGAAUGCAUGGGAAUUUGGCAAGAGGCAACUAGCGGAAAGGAUACGUCAAGGUCUAUAGAAUCAUCCAACAGUACUCGGCGGCCUGGCGUUGGGGGAGUUUGGGCUCAACGGCAUAGCGAUGGUCAUGACCCUCAGGGCUGCACCAUAGACUGGGAAGGAAGAACAAUACUUCUCGAUAAUCUACUAGCGUGACUUCAAAGUACGCGCGGGCGAUUCACACAUAAAAUUCACUUGCAUACCUAGGCAGUCUGUUUGCGCUCAGCCUCAUUACAU